AUGGAUGCUAGAGAACUUGAAACAACCGCUUCUUCUUCAAGCAAUAAUAACAAUAAUAAUGUCGAUAUAGAACAUGAGAAAUAUGAAACAAAACAGUCAGCUGAUGCAGAUCAAAUGCCUUUAUCGUCGAAUGAAGAUAAAAAUAUCACAUCCGAUGCUACUUCCAUUGUUGAAAAAGAUACACCUGCUAGUUCAUCAUCAACAACAAAUACCAUUUCAUUGAUACCAAUAACAAUAAAAAUAAAAUAUAAAACGCAAACAUUUGAUAUUAAAUGUGGUCUCUACGAUACAUUGAAAGAUUUAAAAGAACAAAUCGAUAAAUUAACUGAUAUAGAUCCGAAGAUACAAAAAUUAGUGUACAAAACAAUAUCAACAAAUAAAUCAACUGAUGCAACAACACUAAAAGAUUUAAACAUUACAGAUGGAACGAAACUAUUAUUAAUUGGAGCAACGAGAUCUGAAAUGUUAUCAACAACAGCAGCAGCAACAGGUGCAUCAGGGACAAAUACAAAAGAUUCAUUAGAUGAUCAACAAUCAAAAAAAAAAGAACCAUUAUCAAAAAUGACACAACAUGCUAAAAUAUUGAAGAGUGGAAAGCCAGAUAAUGCUGGAAUUGGUAUUCGAAAUGUGAACGAAGCAUUACCAUCAUCCUUAGAUGGCAUGUAUAUGUCAACAUUAAAUCAACGUGAAAAACGUGUACGUUUGACAUUUAAAUUGGAAUUAGAUGAAGUAUGGGUAAAUACAGCCGAAACGACAAUGAAAAUUCAAAUGAAUCAAAUUCGAAAUGUUAUUGAUGAACCUAUUGAAGGACACGAAGAAUAUUCGAUAGUUGGAUUACAAAAAGGAACAACUGAACAGUCAAUUAUAUGGAUCUAUUGGGUACCAUCCCAAUAUGUUAAAGCGAUACGACAAGCAAUUUUAUCAGAUAAUUAA